GAUCUGCCAGAUACCACAACACACCUUCAGAGAUUUUGAGGAGUCCAUGCCUCAAUGAGCCGGAAAUGUUUUGGAGGCACAGGUCCAACACUGUGAACCGAGCAUUGUUUGCAAGAGACAUGAUUGAGGACAUCCUAGUUCCAACCAAAGGCAAGGACCUUGCAGUCAAUCUGGAACAGAAUGAGUGUUUCAGCCAUUAUAGCUGUACCCCAGACACUGUGGAUCAUGCAUGGAAUACAAUGUCCAGUCCUAUCCACUCAGGCUUUCCCCCUCACUCUAAUUUUUUCACUCUAAUUUCUCUUCCCUUGUUUGUUCUUGGCAGGUUUCUGGUGAGCUUCAUGGUGGAUGCCAGGGGUGGAUCUAUGAGAGGAAGUCGUCAUAAUGGCAUGCGCAUUAUCAUUCCUCCCAGGAACUGUCCAGAACCAACGCGAGUCACAUGUCGGUUGCCAAAACGGCAAUGCCUGCUGUACCCACCUCCCAUGGUGGAGGGUGAGGGGCUUGUUAGCAGACUCAUAGAGGUGGGACCAGCUGGAGCCCAUUUUUUAGGGCCUGUCAUUGUGGAGAUUCCACAUUUUGGCUCAAUGCGUCGAAAGGAGCGUGAGCUGAUUGUACUGCGCAGUGAUAAUGGUCAUACAUGGAAGGAGCAUCAUUAUGAAUGCUGUGCAGAAGAUCUCAUUGCUCUGCUGAAUGGCAUGGAUGAAGAACUGGACAGCCCUGCUGAGCUGGAGAAAAAGCAUAUCUGCCGCAUCAUUACUAAAGACUUUCCGCAAUACUUUGCAGUUGUGUCUCGUAUUAAACAGGAGAACGAUUACAUGGGUCCCGAGGGUGGAGUGUUAAAUAGUGAAUCUGUUCCAAUGGCUAGGGCUGCUUUUCCCCCUGGAGCACUCACAAAGAAGAUUCGUGUUGGUUUACAGGCUCAGACAGUGCCAGAGGAAAUUGUGUGCAGUGUAAUUGGUAAUCAAGCCUCUUUCAGCCCCAUUGUAACUGUAGAACCCCGGAGGAGGAAGUUUCAUAAACCCAUCACCAUGACAAUUCCUGUCCCACCCAGUGCCAAGGACUACACAGGAUGUAAAGGAGACCCUGUUCCAUGCUUGAGACUGCUCUGCAGCAUCACAGGUGGCACUUCUCCAGCUCAUUGGGAGGAUAUCACUGGCACUACUUCACUCUCCUUUGUUACUGACUGUGUCUCAUUUACUACAAAUGUUUCAGCCAGAUUCUGGCUAACAGACUGUCAGCAAGUGAGUGAGACAGUUGCUCUGGCAACCCUAGUUUACAAGGAGCUGAUUUGUGUGCCAUACCUUGCCAAAUUUGUGGUUUUUGCAAAGACCAUUGACUUAGCAGAGUCAAAGCUACGUUGCUUCUGUAUUACUGAUGAUAAGGUGGACAAAACACUUGUGCAGCAAGACAACUUUGAGGAAGUGGCCAGGAGCAAAGAUAUAGAGAUUUCAGAGGGAAAGCUUAUCUAUGUGCAUUGCUAUGGCAAUCUGUCUCCUGUCAGCAAGAUCAACCAGCAGCUUGGUUUUACCUUCUAUGCAUUCAAAGAGAACAGACUAGCUUUUAGUGUUAAGGUGUGGGACAUGGAACAGAAGCCAUUUGGAAGACUCUGGUUUCUCAAAGAGAUGAAGACUUCUAAGGGCAUUUCUCAGAGUGCAAUCUGCAAGCUUAAUCUCACUCUGCCAGAACACAAGAAGGAGAUGGAGACAGAACCUGAUAAUGGGAAUGACAAAGAUCAACGUCAAAUCAUUGCUUCAUUAGCAUUACGACAGCGCUUUUGCCAUCUGUCUGAUCCCACAUCCCAAAAUACCGAAAAAGGAAAUUCUGCUCUGAAAACCACAUUACAGACUUCUGGCUAUUCCGACAAACCUGCUAUUAUGACACAUCAAUAUCAGGCCUGGGUCCCCAGCCCAUCUGCUAGCUCCAGGGGCCAAGCCAAGUCAGGAAUUCUCUCUCCCUCUAGCUCAUCCUCCAGCACUCCAUCUGCUUCGCCACUGAGGUCUGUGUUGUCAGAAAAUUCUGAGUUCUCCAUGAGAUCAGUCAUCAGACGUUCAUUAACACCCUCUAUCAAGUCUGUCAGUGGUGUUGCAUUACCAAUACACUCCUACAGAACUGUCUCCUCCUCACAAAAGACAAUGGAUCAACAAGCACUUCACUCAGGGCAGGCAUCUCUGACCGACUUGCCAUCUACAAUAAAAAAUGGCCCUGAGUCCGUUUCUGUAAAUUUUGCAUUGCCUUCUAUUUCAGCCAGAACCUCUCAACUACAAGCUGGAUGCUCACUGCUGGAGAAAUCCUUUAUCACUAAGACGCUGCCUGCUCCACCUGUGUCUUCUCUGAACAUGCAUAGCUCAAUUUUUUCAUAUAAAUCUGUCAAUACUUCAAAGGCUCCAACAACUGCUUCCCCCAUUAAACCAUUUUCACAGCUAAACACAAUCAAAACAGCAACAGAAACAACCGGCUGUCAUAGCUCUCCAACUAAACAGCACUCCCCCUCAGACUCCUUUAUUCUGUCUGGCAGCUUACAAGAGAGGAUACAGGCUACUACAGUUGCUGCUACAGAUGGUGUUAAUGCUGCUUUUGAUGAAGUAGAGAAGACCCUAAAUUCAUUUUCUGCAGGCUAUGAUAAACUCAAGGUUGUGUCAUCUUCACCACCUUCCUUCUCACAGUCUAUCAGGUCUUCACCUUCUGUUUAUGACUCUCUUAAAUCACCCCCUAACACCACCAUUUCUGUUACCCGUAGCAGAGUUGCAGUGCCUUUUUAUUCAGUUCUAAAUGUUUUGCCAGAACACCAGUUUAAAAAGCUUCCUGACAUCUCUAAAUCAACAGCAGCACUUCUGUCCCCCAGAAAAGCUAAUGAUCAAAUGCAGUCUACCUAUGUCAGAACUCCUGUCAGUCUACCUAUGUCAGAUAAAACCUUUCCAUUCAUGUCUCCGACAACUUUCUCAUCCCCUCUGUCAAACAGCCAAGAUAUACUGAAGGAUGUGCAUGAAAUGAAGGAAGAUUUAAUCAAAAUGUCAGCUAUUUUGCAAACUGAUACAGGAGCUGUUUCCAAAGGCUUCCAGUCUUACUCACUUAUCGAACAUAAAAUAGAAGACGAGGAACCACACAAAAUUAUGGAGGUUAGUGAUAUACUAACCACUGGUAUUCUAAAGGAAAAUAAAAAAUACAAGAAAGUUAGAAAGACUGAAGAUUUAGAGGACGACAUUGAUAACAACCAACCAAAUGGAUGGAGGUGUCCCACUCAGUAUGACACAAUAGCACCUCAGUUCAAAACAAGAAUUAUGACUGACAGAGAUUUAAACUUGGUAAAAGUGGUUGACUAUAUAAACAAUGACAAUGGCACACAUUCGUUAUCCAAAACUCUAGCAGCAACAGGGAGAAAUGAAGAGAAUAGUAGAGAGAGAAGGGAAAAAAUUAAACAUGCUAUGGCAGUUCAAGAACACAAGGUCAAACUGCCCCCAUUGACAAUACACCCUUCACUAUCAGAGAAAGAGCUAUCUAAGCUAUUUGGCACAAACACCAUUUUAGACUCAGAUAAUGUCUCUCAUGUCCAAGAUAAAAGUCUCCUGUCAGACAGUGGGUUUGAGACCCGGAGUGAAAGGACACCAUUACCAAUAACCCCCUUACAGGAAAUGUCACCAGUCAUGAAUAAAACAGAGACUGAAUCUGUACAUGCCAUACAGAGAUACAAACCUCCAAAGGACACCAUUGAGCCUGUAGCAGAUGAGGUCAAAAGAACCAAUUCUCCAGCCCAAUGUAUUGACACAAAUUUCAGGUUGCCUAGAAGCUGCAAUAAAGACAAAACAAAAAUGUAUCAAAACAGAUUCAGUACAGAGAACGAUAUCGUGUGUAAAGGCAUGCAACUUAAAGAGGAGACUCAUAUAACAACAACCACCCGAAUGUUAUAUCACAAACCGACAAGUAAGGAGACAACUUCAAAGAGGUUGGAAGAGACUGUUAUGAAACCCUUACAGUCUGGCCAAGAUUCAUCCAGAGUUUUACCUGGACUAUUUGAACAUCUGGGCAGCAAUGAAGGAUGUAAUGUAUCACAAAGACCUCUGAACAAUGAUUUAAUGGCAAAAGUGGAACACAUUAUUGAGGUUCACAUUGAAAAAGGAAAUAAAACGGAACCAACAAAGGUAAUUAUAAUAGAAACCAAAAAUUACCCUGAAAAAGAAAUGCAUAUUUAUCAAAGCAGCAGAAGCAAGAAGGAAUUUCAAAACAGAGCAAAAGUGGAGAAAGUAAUCACACCUUUCACACAGGAGGAUGAUAUUAGGACCACCACUGUUCAGUUAACCAAACCAGACUUAUACAAAACUCUUAAAUUACAAAGACCACACUCAGUGGAGUACCAUGAAGAAGAGUCUUCAGUUAUGAGAAAGGACUCAGAUAAAAUGCUAUUCUCUGAGAAAUUUGACACUUUUUAUUCUGACAAAGACAACACUUUGACUGAAGGGUCUAAUAAUUAUAAAGUGAAAGUCAAAGAAGCAGAGGAAAAGCUUAGUGAGGUCUCAUGGUUCUUCCGGAAUAAAACUGAGAAAUUAAAGGAUGAACUCCAGCACCCUGAGAAGAAAAAUCAUAGGCUAAACAUUCAAGAAACUCAGUCUGUGCCCAGUUCUACCUACAACAGCCCAGAGAGAACAAUGGAUGGUGGUAGUGGUGGAGAACAGUGGAGCACUGAAAAGUUUAAAGAAAGAUAUGCUCCUAAUGAGAUGAACUGUGCUAGUCUUCCAAGUAGCCCAGGGGAAUGUGUUUUACUUCAGUACAGUGUUGAUAACAGAAAACACAGGGACUGCUCAGUAGUCAGUAGUGCAAGACAUAUUAAUGUAACCUGCACUAGCACUAACGGUGAACAAAUUGAAUAUACAGAGAGAGUGACUCCAAAUGUUACAGCAGAUAUUAAACCUUUACCAGUUUAUAUCAGCAUUCCAGUGGUAAAACAGUAUGAGGAAAAGGCAGCCACUGUACAACCUAACACAUACAAAAAAGUUGUUAGCCAUGUGAGCCACACAAAUCAGGAGGCAAAGGAAGAGUUUUAUAAUGCUAUACAGAGGCAACUGCCUUUACCUGGGGGGAGCCCAGAAGAUGACACACUGAAGCACAUAAUCAUUAUGGACAAUUUUGGAAGAUGUCCAAUCACUCCUGAGACCCCCAGCUCUGAUGAGGUUAGCUAUGACGUAAAUUCCCAAGCACCAGUCUCUAAAAUCGGUUUUAAGGCACAUGUACCCAGCUCAAUCCCAAAAGAAUCAGAGAAAGAAGACAAGCCUUUUAUUUUUGGGCACAUACCAGAAGAGAAAGUCAAGACUGUUACUCAAUCAAAAUUCUUCAAAAGGAACUAUGAGUCACCAAGAGCCACAGACAAACAUGUAGCAUACUUUGAAUUUCCACCACUUCCACCCCAUGGUACGCAACAGUCUGAACAUAUGGAACUGAACAAGGACUCGCCACCUUCUGAAGCAGACACAGAGAUGAUGGAGGUGAAUCUUCAAGAGGAGCAUGACAGACACCUUUUUGCUGAGCCUGUUAUUCAGAUAUAUCCACCAUCUCCUAUUCCACCUGGGGCUAAUGACAGUGAUUCAAGUGAUGAGUCUGUCAUUCAGCCCAUCCCUCUAAAGAAGUACAAUGUUAAAAUGACUCAGAAUUGUAAAAAGCCACAAAACCCAGAUAAAAAUGUUUCCUAUCACAAAGAGUCACAUUAUGUGUCACAUGGUGUCAUUAAGAGAGAUGAGGUGGAUGAGCAAAAUGGUAAUGAUCAGUCUGUUACUGACUGCUCUAUAGCAACAACGCCUGAAUUUUCCCAUGACACUGAUGCCACAGAGCUAGACUCUCUGGAUGGGUAUGACUUGCUGGAUGAGGAUGAUGGGUUGAGUGAUACCAAGACAUUAGGCCUUUCAAAUGAUCGAAAGUCAGCCAAUAGCACCUCUAGCCAGACCAAGCUGGAAGUUAGAAAACAGGGCACACCAAAUGAGGAUGAAAAUACAAAGUCUAAAAGCAGCUUGGGCAAAAAAAAAGAAAGUAGUAAAGAUCAAUGCAAGAUCUACUCUUUAGAGGGAAGACAUCCUGAUAGACAAGAGUUUGCAGAUAGCUAUUUCAGCUACAAUCUUGAGCAGGAAUUACCUUCAACUUUUAAUACUGUUUCCACUAAAUGUCUGCACUUUGAUCCAUGGUCAAACAAAGGAAAAGAGGAAAAAGUGUUUGGGACGAAAAGCACAGAUGAAGAUACAAAACGUUUUAGUUUAUUGGUGGAGGACAAAUCACAAGCUACUACACCAGACACCACUCCAGUUCGAACACCAACCGAUGACAGCACCCCAACUAGCGAGGCUAACCCCUUUCCGUUCCAUGAGGGCAAGAUGUUUGAGAUGACCCGCAGUGGUGCUAUUGACAUGAGCAAGAAGGACUUUGUUGAAGAGAAGCUUCAAUUUUUUCAGAUUGGUCCCCAAAGCCCAUGUGAGAGAACAGAUAUUCGCAUGGCUAUUGUGGCUGAUCAUCUGGGGCUUAGCUGGACCGAGAUGGCACGUGAAAUGAAUUUUUCAGUCGAAGAGAUCAAUCAUAUCCGCAUGGAAAACCCCAACUCCCUCACUGCCCAGAGUUUCAUGCUACUGAAGACAUGGGUGAACAGACAUGGAAAAAAUGCAACCACGGAUGCUCUGUCUACGGUUUUGACCAAAGUGAACCGGAUGGACAUUGUGACUCUGCUGGAAGGGCCCAUAUUUGACUAUGGUAACAUUUCAGGCACCAGAAGGUUUGCAGAUGAUAGCGCUAUGGAGAAAGCAGAUGGUAAAAUUUAGA